AUGGAGAACAUGAUGCAGGGCAAUAAGAUCAGACGAGUUGCAGCUACUCGCAUGAAUGAGAGGUCAUCUCGAUCACACACGAUUUUCCGGAUUAUUCUGGAGUCGAAAGAUGCCAAUCAGAAAGAUGGACCUGUACAUAUAAGCUACCUUAACUUAAUGGACUUAGCUGGUUCUGAGAGAGUUUCUCUGACGAAAGCUGCUGGUGAGCGUCUUAAAGAGGGGGCUAACAUAAACAAAUCUUUGUCAGUAUUAGGAAAUGUGAUAAGGCAACUAAGCGAGGGGAAGGAGUUUAUCAGUUAUCGCGAUUCGAAAUUGACUAGACUGCUCUCACAGGCUCUUGGCGGUAAUGCCAAAUCAUUGAUUAUCGGGAAUAUCAGACCAAUGAUCCACCGCGAAGUAGCCGAUGGUCUAGAGCGUCUUUGGAACGUAAGAGUAAACUGCAUAUGGGAAGCCGAUGAAAGUAGUCGCCAUGGAGAGGUUUAUAUAUUCGACCAUGUAUUUAAGCAGGAAUGUACAAAUUCAGAUGUAUAUGGAUCUGUAGUAAAACCUUUAGUCGAUUCCUUCAUGGAAGGUUUCAAUGCCACAAUAUUUGCAUAUGGCCAAACAUCUUCUGGCAAAACACACACCAUUUUGGGCAAUAAAACAGAUCCUGGGCUUUUCCAAUUAGUAUCCAAUCAGUUAUUCCAGCAUGUGGCAGACCAGGUUGAUAAGAGGUACUUGAUUAGAUGCAGUUAUAUUGAAAUCUACAAUGAAAAGAUCAAUGACCUCCUGGAUAAGAGCAAUCAGGGUUUAACUAUAAGAGAAGAUAUCAAAGGAAAUGUGCUGCUUGAUGCAAGGGAAGCUGUCGUAGACAAUGUUGAUAAAGUUAUGGAGAACAUGAUGCAGGGCAAUAAGAUCAGACGAGUUGCAGCUACUCGCAUGAAUGAGAGGUCAUCUCGAUCACACACGAUUUUCCGGAUUAUUCUGGAGUCGAAAGAUGCCAAUCAGAAAGAUGGACCUGUACAUAUAAGCUACCUUAACUUAAUGGACUUAGCUGGUUCUGAGAGAGUUUCUCUGACGAAAGCUGCUGGUGAGCGUCUUAAAGAGGGGGCUAACAUAAACAAAUCUUUGUCAGUAUUAGGAAAUGUGAUAAGGCAACUAAGCGAGGGGAAGGAGUUUAUCAGUUAUCGCGAUUCGAAAUUGACUAGACUGCUCUCACAGGCUCUUGGCGGUAAUGCCAAAUCAUUGAUUAUCGGGAAUAUCAGACCAAUGAUCCACCGCGAAGUAGCCGAUGGUCUAGAGCGUCUUUGGAACGUAAGAGUAAACUGCAUAUGGGAAGCCGAUGAAAGUAGUCGCCAUGGAGAGGUUUAUAUAUUCGACCAUGUAUUUAAGCAGGAAUGUACAAAUUCAGAUGUAUAUGGAUCUGUAGUAAAACCUUUAGUCGAUUCCUUCAUGGAAGGUUUCAAUGCCACAAUAUUUGCAUAUGGCCAAACAUCUUCUGGCAAAACACACACCAUUUUGGGCAAUAAAACAGAUCCUGGGCUUUUCCAAUUAGUAUCCAAUCAGUUAUUCCAGCAUGUGGCAGACCAGGUUGAUAAGAGGUACUUGAUUAGAUGCAGUUAUAUUGAAAUCUACAAUGAAAAGAUCAAUGACGUCCUGGAUAAGAGCAAUCAGGGUUUAACUAUAAGAGAAGAUAUCAAAGGAAAUGUGCUGCUUGAUGCAAGGGAAGCUGUCGUAGACAAUGUUGAUAAAGUUAUGGAGAACAUGAUGCAGGGCAAUAAGAUCAGACGAGUUGCAGCUACUCGCAUGAAUGAGAGGUCAUCUCGAUCACACACGAUUUUCCGGAUUAUUCUGGAGUCGAAAGAUGCCAAUCAGAAAGAUGGACCUGUACAUAUAAGCUACCUUAACUUAAUGGACUUAGCUGGUUCUGAGAGAGUUUCUCUGACGAAAGCUGCUGGUGAGCGUCUUAAAGAGGGGGCUAACAUAAACAAAUCUUUGUCAGUAUUAGGAAAUGUGAUAAGGCAACUAAGCGAGGGGAAGGAGUUUAUCAGUUAUCGCGAUUCGAAAUUGACUAGACUGCUCUCACAGGCUCUUGGCGGUAAUGCCAAAUCAUUGAUUAUCGGGAAUAUCAGACCAAUGAUCCACCCCGAAGUAGCCGAUGGUCUAGAGCGUCUUUGGAACGUAAGAGCAAACUGCAUAUGGGAAGCCGAUGAAAGUAGUCGCCAUGGAGAGGUUUAUAUAUUCGACCAUGAAUGUACAAAUUCAGAUGUAUAUGGAUCUGUAGUAAAACCUUUAGUCGAUUCCUUCAUGGAAGGUUUCAAUGCAACAAUAUUUGCAUAUGGCCAAACAUCUUCUGGCAAAACACACACCAUUUUGGGCAAUGAAACAGAUCCUGGGCUUUUCCAAUUAGUAUCCAAUCAGUUGUUCCAGCAUGUGGCAGACCAGGUUGAUAAGAGGUACUUGAUUAGAUGCAGUUAUAUUGAAAUCUACAAUGAAAAGAUCAAUGACCUCCUGGAUAAGAGCAAUCAGGGUUUAACUAUAAGAGAAGAUAUCAAAGGAAAUGUGCUGCUUGAUGCAAGAGAACCUGUCGUAGACAAUGUUGAUAAAGUUAUGGAGAACAUGAUGCAGGGCAAUAAGAUCAGACGAGUUGCAGCUACUCGCAUGAAUGAGAGGUCAUCUCGAUCACACACGAUUUUCCGGAUUAUUCUGGAGUCGAAAGAUGCCAAUCAGAAAGAUGGACCUGUACAUAUAAGCUACCUUAACUUAAUGGACUUAGCUGGUUCUGAGAGAGUUUCUCUGACGAAAGCUGCUGGUGAGCGUCUUAAAGAGGGGGCUAACAUAAACAAAUCUUUGUCAGUAUUAGGAAAUGUGAUAAGGCAACUAAGCGAGGGGAAGGAGUUUAUCAGUUAUCGCGAUUCGAAAUUGACUAGACUGCUCUCACAGGCUCUUGGCGGUAAUGCCAAAUCAUUGAUUAUCGGAAAUAUCAGACCAAUGAUCCACCGCGAAGUAGCCGAUGGUCUAGAGCGUCUUUGGAACGUAAGAGAAAACUGCAUUUGGGAAGCCGAUGAAAGUAGUCGCCAUGGAGAGGUUUAUAUAUUCGACCAUGUAUUUAACCAGGAAUGUACAAAUUCAGAUGUAUAUGGAUCUGUAGUAAAACCUUUAGUCGAUUCCUUCAUGGAAGGUUUCAAUGCAACAAUAUUUGCAUAUGGCCAAACAUCUUCUGGCAAAACACACACCAUUUUGGGCAAUAAAACAGAUCCUGGGCUUUUCCAAUUACAUGUGGCAGACCAGGUUGAUAAGAGGUACUUGAUUAGAUUCAGUUAUAUUGAAAUCUACAAUGAAAGAUCAAUGACCUCCUGGAUAAGAGCAAUCAGGUUAACUAUAAGGGAAGAUAUCAAAGGAAAUGUGCUGUUGAUGCAAGGGAAGCUGUCGUAG